AUGGAGCGUGUCGCACGCAUCGCAUCCCACGUCAAGGCAGGCGGCUCGCAAGAGGCGCCCCUGAGUGCCAGCCCCACUGCGGGCUUUUGCACCAAGGAGAAGAAGGAUGAUGACGUGGUCAUUUGCUGUGCAGUACGCACUGCCUUGUGCAAGGCCGGAAAGGGCUCGUUCAACAAGACCGCGCCUGAAGAGCUGUUGGCGGCUGUCUUCAAGGAGGUCGUGGCCCGAACCAAAGUGAAUCCCAAGGACAUUGGGGACAUCCAAAUUGGGAACGUGCUCCAGCCGGGUGCCAGUGGCCUCACCUCCCGCAUGGGCCAGUUCAUGGCAGAGCUGCCCUAUGACAUCCCCCUGAGCACGGUGAACCGCCAGUGCAGCAGCAGCUUGCAGGCCACCGCCUACAUCGCAUCCGCCAUCAAGAGCGGCAUCAUCGACAUUGGUCUGGCCGGCGGCGUGGAGAACAUGAGCAUGUUUCCCAUGAUGGCCACCAUUGACAUCACCAAGCUGUCCGCCAAAGUCCUGGAUUACGAGAAUGCUGAGGCCUGCCUGAUGCCCAUGGGUUUGACGUCCGAGAAUGUGGCAGCAGCAUACGGCGUCACCCGUGAGCGGCAAGACCAGAUGGCGGCGGACUCCCACCGGAAGGCCCUGGAGGCACAGAAGAACGGCUGGUUCAAGGAGGAGAUUGUGCCAAUCACGGUGGAGAUGAAGCAGAAGGAUGGGUCCAUCAAGAAGGUGGUGGUUGACAAGGACGAAGGCCCGCGCGCUGGCACCACCAAGGAGGGUCUUGCCAAGCUGAAGCCUGCUUUCAAGGCUGGUGGCAGCACAACGGCCGGGAACUCCAGUCAGACGACGGACGGUGCUGCCAUGGUGCUCUUGGCGCGUCGGGACGUGGCCAAGAAGCACGGGCUGCCCAUCAUCGCGCGCUUCUGCAGCUUCGCGUGCGUGGGCGUGGACCCGAAGCUCAUGGGCAUCGGCCCGGCCUUCGCCAUCCCACCGGCCCUGGAGAAGGCCGGCAUCACCGUAAACGACGUGGACAUCUUCGAGAUCAACGAGGCCUUUGCAUCCCAGGCCACCAUGUCCUGUGACCACCUCAAGGUCCCCAUGGAGAAGCUGAACCCCAAGGGCGGUGCCAUCGCUUUGGGCCACCCCCUGGGUGCCACAGGGGCCCGGCAGAUUGCCACGCUGCUGCCCGAGCUCAAGCGCACAGGCAAGAAGUUCGGUGUGACCUCCAUGUGCCUGGGCAGCGGCAUGGGAGCUGCGUCAGUCAUCGAGGCAGAGUGA